CAGAGGUGUCCAGCCAGGGACGCAGGAAGGUAGGAGGACGACAAGGUAGGAACUGGGAUCUGCUGCCACAUCUUCUGGGGUCUGGCUCCCACGGGGCUAACCUUGAACUCAGAGUCCUGAGGUCACACACAUAGGUGACAACUUACCUUCUGGCCAGGAACCUUGGCAGGGGCUUGAGGCUGUGAGGAAAGUGACCUAAGACCUCAGAGGCUCGUGGUUCUCCUGCCUUGUUUUGUUCCUGUCAGGGACCACGUGGGUGCUGAAGAUUGUCACCAUGUGGAGAUGAGUCCAAUGGGAGCCUGAGCUUGAGAACAAGGGAACUGACUUAGAGUCCUGUGGGGGAAGUGUGGCUAAUGCCUGUAAUCCCAGCACUUGUGAGACUCACACAGGAGGAUCUCGGACUGUACUUGACACAAACCGAGGUCAUCUGGAAAGAGGGAACUUCAGCUGAGGAAAAUGCCUCCAUCGUUGGCAUGUUGGCAUGUCUUACAGGGCAUUUUUCUUUUCCUCUUUCUUUUUUUCGUUAAUGAUUGAUGUGAGAUGGUUCAGCCUACUGUGGGCAGUGUCACCGCUGGGCAGGUGACCCUAGGUGGUUAUGAGAAAGGUAGCCGAGUGUGAGGCUGAGGAAUAAGCGAGCAAGCAGCACUCCUCCCUGGCCUCUGCUCCAGUUCCGGCCUGCAGGUUACUGCCCUGACUUCCCUCAGUUUUGGGCUGGGCUGUGGGAGUUGUAAGCGGAAAUAAAACUUUUCCCUUCACCAUUGCUUUUGUCACGGGGACAGAAAGCAAAUGGGCAGCUACAUAGAAAAAGCCUGUCUGAAACGUCAUGUUUGGGUGUGCCGUUGGGAAAGGUGGUUGGCAAGGGUCUUCCCUAAGAGUUGAGGUUUGAGCUGAGAGACAAGGAGUCCCACUAGGAAUGUGACAAGAGCAGUCUAGGGAGAGAAGGCAGCAAGUACAGGGUCCUGGGGUAAGAACUGGUUUGAUGUGACAUGUUCAGAAGGUGGCCACGAUGGAGGGAUUCCGUUUGCAACCUCAGAGGCUCAGAGGCAGUGGAUUCGACAAAAACCAAGCAGAAGAACCUCUACAGGACUGUGAAAUUUUCUGGUACUGCCCUGGGUCACCUCUGCCCUUACUGGGAGAGGGGUUUUUGUUUUUUUUUCCUACUUUACAGAGAAAGAGGCUGCAUUUACAGAUGAAUAUUAAAUAUUAAAACAGCCUGCUGGGUGGUGGUGGGCCACACCUUUAGCUUAAGCACUUGGAAGGCAGAGGCAGGCAGAUCUCUUGAGUUCAAGGCCAGCCCGGUCUACAGAACAGGACAGCCAGGGCCACACAGGGAAACCCUGUCUCCAAAACAAAACAGGAAAACAAACCUGAGCCAUUCCCAGCUCUCAGUACUACAGCAGAUGCCGCUGGCCUUGGCCUGCCUGAAAUAAGUGGAACUCUUCCUCAAAAACACAGAUUCAAGUCCACAUCUUGCUUUAUUUGUUUUUUCGAGACAGGGUUUCUCUGUGAAGCCUUGGCUGUCCUGGACUCACUUUGUAGAGCAGGCGGUCUUGAACUCACAGAGAUCCGCCUGCCUCUGCCUCCCUGCUAGGAUUACAGGCGUGUGCCACUGUGCCGGGCUCACAACUCGUGUUUCAUUUGAGGUGACAACCCUACCAGCCUGAAACCCAGGGCUGCUUAACUCGAAGCCCUUGCUUCAUUUCCUGUCCCUCUGUCACUUCCCCAGUAAUUUCAGAACCACAAGUCUCCACGGCCAGCAGCCACUGCACGGUGGCUCAGGCAUUCUGGAGAUCUCUUCUUCCAGGCCCUCGGCACACAAGGAGCAGAGUGAAAAGCCAAAGCAGACAAGCCCCGCCCCCGACGUCGAGACCUCUCUGCCUGGGCCGGAGGUCUCUGAGACAGCCACGCAGGGCUCGACCGCGCUGCGCAGACCCCGCCCCCUGUGCUCAAAGCCUCCGCCCCUCCGGCAGGCCCGGCACAGGCUCCCGGCUGCGUUGCUCUGGCUUCUAGGCUGCAGUACUGCCUCCUACCCGGGGCCGGUUCCAGCCCAUCUGGCCUGGCCCACUGGACAUGGAGCUCCGAGCCGCGCAUCCUGAGAUCUCGGCGCGCUCCAACCUGCCCGUCCGUUUCCCUCAUCCCCUGAGACCAGCUUCUAGCCUUUCCCAUCCCAAGCUCUGGAGACAGCAGCCUCCCGACUGCUAAGGGCAAGGACAGCAUGAAGGCCCCGGGUCGCCUUCUGCUCCUCAUCCUGUGCACCUUGACCUUCUCUGCUGUCUACAUCUUCCUGUGCUGCUGGGCCUGCCUGCCCCUCUGCCUGGCGACCUGCCUGGACCACCACCUCCCUGUGGUCCCCAGACCCACUGUGCCAGGACCCCUGCACUUCAGUGGCUACAGCAGCGUGCCAGACGGGAAGCCACUCAUCCGAGAGCCGUGCCACAGCUGCGCGGUGGUUUCCAGCUCGGGCCAGAUGCUGGGUUCGGGCCUGGGCGCCCAGAUCGAUGGCGCCGAGUGCGUGCUCCGCAUGAACCAGGCACCCACCGUGGGCUUCGAGAAGGACGUGGGCCAGCGCAGCACUCUGCGCGUCAUCUCGCACACGAGCGUGCCGUUACUUCUGCGCAACUACUCGCACUAUUUCCAGCAUGCUCGGGACACGCUGUAUGUGGUGUGGGGCCAGGGCAGGCACAUGGACCGGACGCUGGGCGGCCGCACCUACCGCACCUUGCUGCAGCUCACCAGGAUGUACCCAGGCCUGCAGGUGUACACCUUCACGGAGCGCAUGAUGGCCUACUGCGACCAGAUCUUCCAGGAUGAGACGGGCAAGAACCGGAGGCAGUCGGGUUCCUUCCUCAGCACUGGUUGGUUCACCAUGAUCCUGGCCCUGGAGCUGUGCGAGGAGAUCGUGGUCUACGGGAUGGUCAGCGACAGCUAUUGCAGUGAGAAGAACCCCCGCUCCGUGCCUUACCACUACUUCGAGAAGGGCCGGCUGGAUGAGUGUCAGAUGUAUGUUUUGCAUGAACGGGCACCACGGAGUGCCCAUCGUUUCAUCACUGAGAAGGCUGUGUUCUCGCGCUGGGCCAAGAAGAGGCCCAUCGUGUUCGCCCAUCCGUCCUGGAGGGCCAAAUAGUUCCUGUUGCCAGUGGCUGCCAGGCCUCCGCUGGGCCUGCAACCCAUUUCAGCCCACCACACUCCAUCAUGAACACUGGCUGUUUGACUCUCAGCUUCUGCCUGAUGCCAGGUGGAACCUGGGGGUUUGCCCCACACUGGGUACACUUGGAAAAAUCUCGGGCCUUGUGAUUUGAAGGCGAGUCAAGAGGGUGCCAGGGAAUCAACAUCUUCAUCUUGGGGUUCAUCUCACCUCUGGGUUCAAGUGGCCUUUGCCCUGGGGCCAAGGGCCCCCCUCACCAGCAUCGUGUCUUCGUGCCAGUCUUGAUCUCUCUUCUACCUAUCCCCAGCCACAUGGUGCCACGUUCUCAGGCUGGUGGCCCUGGUUGGUGCAGCCUGGAACCUGGGAUUUGAUGGGUGCAAGGGCCUUUGAGCAUCAACCUCCCAGGACUGUCUCAGGAGUGUACCGGUAAAUGGGUAUUUUUUGAACACUGUGUCUAGCUUGGUAACAGAUGUGCGAUGGGGGUUAGGACCAUCCUAACCUGUUCACUGUUCAAUGGAGGGCAGACCAAGCCUUCCAGCCUUUAUCUAGGCCCAUAGCUGUCUGCUCUUCCAGCACUGUAGCUGGGCACCAGCCCCAAAGCCUCCUACCCAAUCAUCCUCCAAGCCAGGCCUUCUUAGGGUCUGACCACAGGACUCUGCUGGCCCAGGAAGGCCACCCCGUUCUCACUGGGCAGGCACUGAGCAGGGCCUGUGAGGACUCAGGAUGAGAAAGAAAUUCCACCCAACGCCACUUUCCUGUCCCAUGAGUCAGAUUCCAGAAUCUUUGCCAGUCAAACUGCCUGUUAGCUGUGGGGCUUGGUUCCUUUGCAAAACAGGAGGCAGAAUGCAGCUGAGGGUGGGGGCUGCCUGGGAGGGAGUGUUUCUCAGGGCUGGCCCUUUCCCUGAACCAUGCUUUUCAGUACUGAAACACAGCCACCAUCCUCCAGUUAAUGAGGGUGUGAGCCACGCUAAGGAGGGAGCUAGAGCUCAUUACAGGUGGGGUAGCCCAGGCUAGCUUUUCUGAGGUGGCUGAGCUGGGAUGCUGUCAGUCCUGAGAGCUCACUACCCCUUUCCCACCUCCUUCCCUCUUUGGAAGACUGAAGAAUGAAGCCCUGGGGUUUAGCUCUUGGCUCCAGAGCUCUGACCCUCUGGGUAUGACCUCUGUGGUUUCCUCAGAGCCCUGGGCUAAGUUUAAUCUCUCCUGCAAGAACUUGAAAUUCUUUUAGGUUUUAGUUUUUAAAGAAGGAACCUCUCACUUUGCUUUUGUACCGAACCCCACAAAUGACAGAAUCCGUCAUGCUGAGGACUCUGGUGGCCUAGCCCACUCACCCUCCUACCCAUUUUCUCAGGAGUGACUGGAGACCUGACACCUGGCCCACAGCACUUUCCUUGUCCUCUGCCUAUCCGGUGCCAGAUGGUCCGGAAGCCUUCUAAGUAGGAGGGAGGAAGGGGUUAGAGUUCUGAGCUUGGGAUGCAGGCUGGAAGCCAAACCACUUCCACAGGCCUGGUGGUGCUGAGGGACCGUGAGUCAGAACAGAGCAGAGGUAAGUAGUGGGUGAGAUGGAGGGCCCUGGAGGCAGGCCCUAGUCCCGCUCUCUGUCCUAUGGCUCUGUUCGAUUAGAACCUUUCUGGGUUUCAGUUUCCCCAUGUAUAAAGGCAAUAAAGUAGUUCCUACCUCACAA